AGGUGUCAGGACGUGGCGGUCUAUUUCUCCAUGGAGGAGUGGGAGUAUGUAGAAGGACACAAGGAUCAGUACAAGGAUCAGGUCAUGAUGGAGGAUCAGCAGCCCCUCACAUCACCAGUCAGAUCCAGUAAGAGAACAGCACCAGAGAGGUGUCCCCGUCCUCUUCUUCCACAGGAUGAUCAGGGAGAAGAUCUGAACAAUAUUAAUGCUCCAGAGACAGAUAUGGGUGGUGAUCAGCAGUAUAAGGAUAACAUUGCUACAGUGAAAGAUCUGAACAAUAUUAAUGCUACAGACAUAAAGGAAGAAGAAGAGACAGAUGUGAGCGGCGAUGAGCAGUAUAAGGAGAACAUUCCUACAGGGAAAGAACUGAUCUAUAUUAAUGCUACAGACAUAAAGGAAGAAGAAGAGACAGAUGUGAGCGGCUAUGAGCAGUAUAAGGAGAACACUCCUACAGGGAAAGAUCUGAUCUAUAUUAAUGCUACAGACAUAAAAAAAGAAGAAGAGACAGAUGUGAGCGGUGAUGGGCAGUAUAAAGAUGACAUUCCUACAAGUAACCUCUCAGGUGAGUAUUACCUACUAAAUGCAGAGAAGAGUCACGACCGGGUGCACAAAGUACCAGUGUGGGGGAGAGGGUGAUUGGACCUCUAAACACCAGAAAUGCCCAGCAAAACAGUUUAAGUCCUGCGGUCAUUAGUAAAUGCGGCAUUUAAACAUUUAAAUGAAAACCAGCACCGGAGUGGUGUUCCAUGUCGGUCUUUACCGGCAGAUCGCUAGCUCCGCCCAUACUUCCUCACUCGACCCAUGAAGUAAAUGUGUGUCGUUGGUCGCGAACGAAUUAAGGGAGAACCCAAUAGUAGAAUUUCAAGAAGAAUUGUAAUUUAUUAGGGAAAGGUGAAGGGUCGGGUGUUAUUACCUCAAAACAUUGAAAAUAUUAGAGAUUAGAAAAAUACCUUUAACCCCUUAUAAUGCAAAAACAAUUUCCGCCUCCUAAUUUUCCUCUGUAAACACGAGUACGAUUAUCAGGACCGACUGGGGAAGGGGGGUUUGACAGGGAGAGUGAGCCCAAAACUGACCCUAAAAAACAAACACUCUCCCUGCCUACUUGCCCAUCUAUCCUAAACGAUGGAUCGACAACUGAGCGCUGGUCUCUUCCUGCGCUAAAGUGCAGUGGCGAAAAAACACAUAGUAAUACACAGUCGGUCACUAGCCAGAAACCUUACGGGAACAUAGAACACUAUGAAUACUGGACUCAGAUAACUAACAUAAACAGAUAAAGUUCAGAGGACACAGAUCAGACAGUAAGCACAGAGGACACUAUAGACCAAUGGUAAAGCACAGAGGAA